AUGGGACCAAAAAUAAUCGAAGAAGUGAAAAAAAUAUUUGAAGCAGGAAUCAUACCAAGCUCUAUCAAUAGUACACAUGUACGGCUCAUACCCAAGAUCCCCAGCCCAAAAACUGUAGCAGAGUACAUACCCAUUACUCUAUGCAAUGUUUACUACAAGAUAUUCUCCAAGAUCCUAACCAGCAGGCUACAACCUAUCCUAUCCACAAUCAUCUCUGAAAAUCAAAUAGCUUUUGUGCCCGGAAGAGCUAUUUCAGACAACAUGCUUAUCACACAUGAAACACCACAUUACCUGAAAGGCUCGGGAGCUACGAAGCACUGCUCCAUGGCCGUUAAAUCAUAUAUGAGCAAAGCCUAUGACAUGCUAGAUUGGAGCUUCAUUGUCGCACUCAUGGAAAGAUUGAGCUUCCUUCCCAAAUGGAUCAACUGGAUCCUCCAAUGCAUAUCCACAAUAUCCUACACCUUCCUUAUCAACGGAGCAGCCCAAGGUAGAGCCAUUCCACAGAGAGGCAUCCGACAAGGAGACCCUCUUUCACCAUUUAUCUUCAUACUAUGUGGAGAAGUAUUAUCAGGACUCUGCAAAAAAGCGCAAAUCAAUGGAUCUCUACCAUGUAUCAAAGUUUCAAGAGAAAACCCUAAAAUAAACCACCUACUCUUUGCGGAUGAUACAAUGUUCUUCUGUAAAACCAACCAGAAGAGUUGUGAAACCCUCUGCUCUAUCCUGCAAAGAUAUGAAGAAACUUCAGACCAACAAAUAAAUCUCCUGAAAUCAUCUAUUACUUUCUUAAGGAAAACACCGCAAGAGAUACAAAUCAGGGUCAAAACCUCCAUAGGUAUUGAAAAGGAAGGUGGACAAGGAAAAUAUCUAGGUCUCCCAGAGAGCUUCGGCAGGAGGAAGAAGGAUCUCUUCACCCUGAUUGUGGUCCGUAUUCGCCAAAAAUCAAUUAACUACUCGUCAAAGUUCCUAUCAAGCGCAAGCAACCUGAUAAUGCUCAAAUCAGUGCUCUCGGCCAUCCCCACCUAUACAAUGUCUUGCUUCAAACUACCUACAUGA